AUGGGCGCCGGCGGCGGGCAGGCCAUCUUCACGGCCGAGUGCUCCCACACGUUCCACUUCCACUGCAUCUCUGCGAGCGUCGCGCACGGUAACCUCGUCUGCCCGCUCUGCAACGCGCGGUGGCGCGAGCUGCCGUCCGUGGUGCAGCCGCAGCCGGCGCCGGUGCCGCGCACGCUGCCACGCCCGGAGCCCAUGCACCGUGUACAGCCACUGCCUAUGAGGCAUAUGCCGCUGCAUGGCUGGCAGCCACAACACCAGCCCGAUGAGCCUCAAGUGUUCGACGACGACGAGCUGGUGGAGCCGCCCUCCUCAGGCGACGGCGGCGGCGACCAGCUACAGGACGCGGCAGAGUCAUCCAGAUCCGGUGGGACGCUGGCUGUCACGACUUACACCGAGUACUCCGCCGUCGCGAGGGACUCGUCGCGCAACAACUUCGCCGUCCUCGUGCACGUCAAGGCUCCCGGGAUGACGACCGACGGCGAAGCGGCGGCCGGAGACGCGCCACGCGCGCCUAUCGACCUCGUGACAGUGCUCGACGUGAGUGGUAGCAUGACCGGUGCGAAGCUGGCGCUCCUGAAGCAGGCCAUGGGGUUCGUCAUCGACAACCUCGGGCCCCACGACCGCCUCAGCGUCGUGCCCUUCUCCGACGGGGCGCGCCGCGUCACCAGGCUGCUCCGGAUGUCGGACACCGGGAAGGCCGCGGCCAAGAGCGCCGUGGAAUCCCUCGUCGCGCGCGGCGGCACCAACGUUGCCGAGGGGCUCCGGACGGCGGCCAGGGUGCUCGAGGAGCGCCGGCACAGGAACACCGUGUCCAGCGUCAUACUCCUCUCCGACGGCCAGGACACCUACACCGCGCCGCGGUGGUCGCGGGGCGCCGGCGCCGCGCCCAACUACGAGGCGCUCGUGCCGCCGUACUUCAUGACCACCGGCACCAGGGACUGGUCGGCGCCGGUUCACACGUUUGGGUUCGGCAACGACCACGACGCGGCGGCCAUGCACGUCAUCGCUGAGGCCACCGACGGCACCUUCUCGUACAUCGGGAACGAGGCCGUCAUUCAGGACGCGUUCGCGCAGUGCAUCGGUGGCCUGCUCACCGUCGUGGUGCAGGAGGCGCGCGUCGCCAUAGCCUACGGGCACCCCGGAGUCCGCAUCGGCUCGAUUAAGUCAGGGCGCUACGAGAGCCGCGUCGGCGAGCUCUACGCGGACGAGGAGCGGCGCUUCCUGCUGUUCUUGUUGACAGGAUUUCUGGAACCUCCGGUUGCAGAUCGGUGGGUGAAUUGCUUAACUUAG